AUGUCUGGGUGUCCGGUGCAGCAUUGGGACCUUGGCGUUGGGCCUAUCAAUUGUCACGCUUGGAACAAAGAUCGCUCUCAAAUUGCGGUAUCAACAUCGGAUUGUGAGAUCUACAUCUUUGAGUGGACUAAAGGCUCUUGGGUUAACAUUCAUGUUUUAAAAGAACAUGAUUUCCCUGUGACCGGGAUUGAUUGGGCCCCAAAUUCGAAUCGAAUCGUAUCUUGCUCGCAGGAUAAAAACGCAUAUGUCUGGACUUUUGAGGGAAAUCAAUGGAAGCCUGAGCUCGUUUUUAUUCGAUUGAGUCGCGCAGCCACUUGUGUAAAAUGGUCACCCCUUGAAAACAAGUUCGCUGUCGGGAGCGGAAGCAAGCUUGUAGCCAUUUGCUACUAUGAGAAAGAAAACAACUGGUGGAUUGCCAAACACAUCAAGAAGCCCAUCAAAUCGACGGUGAAGUGCAUUGAUUGGCAUCCGGAUAACGUGCUUAUUGCGAUUGGUUCUUGUGAUCUCAAGGCUCGCGUUUUUUCAGCAUACAUCAAAGAGGUUGACGAAAAACCCUCGCCUAAUCCAUGGGGCUCUAAAAUGCCAUUAGGUACCUUAUUGUGCGAACAAGCAGUCAAAGGAUGGGUUAAUCAUAUUUCGUUUUCUCCAUCUGGUUGUCGCUUAGCUUGGGUGGCUCAUGAUGCAAGCAUUGGUUUUAUUGAUGCUAACGUUGAUAAUAACACAGCUCAAAUUGUUCGAACGCCCAAUCUUCCUUUCACCUCAAUUAAAUGGAUAACGGAAAACAGUGCCAUUGCAGGAGGACAUGAUUGCUAUCCAACUCUUGUUACGGUAAAAGAUGGCAAAUUGGUGAUAGUUUGCAAGCUUGAUAUUCCAGCUGCAGAAAAGUCAAAAGUCUCAAACACUGCCCUCGAGCUUUUCAAAUCGAUUGACAAGCGAUCUGCUUUGGAACACGCUAAUAUCAAGCUUAACACAAUGCAUCAAAACUUUAUUACGGAAAUUCAACCACACUCCGGCUCAUCACAAAAUAUUUUGAAGUUUUCCACUUGCAGUGUUGACGGACAAGUGGCUUUAUGGGACUUAAAGAACAACACAGCCGUGAUACAU